AUCUGGCUGAACAGGGGAAGUGGGUUUUCCUGAGCAGCGGCGGAGCCUCCAUCUUCGAUUUGGCAGAUGAGCAGACUUCUUGAUUGCUGGUCUGUGUGUUCGUCAGCGCCAAUGAUAGGAGUCGACAGCAGGACACGGUGAAGUGGUCAAAUUGGUACCUUAUCGUUGGACGUACAGUACAGCAAGGGAGUGAAGCGGCAGUACUGUAGGCACCGCGGUAGGUGUAACAAUUAGGAGCUGGACACGCGUCUGCCACACUACCUAGGAGGUACUGCUGCCUGUGUGUGGUGUGCGCAGGAAGCCCAGGCGCAGGCAGACGAUUCCUCACUCACGCGCCUUUUGGCUGCAUACCACUGCACGCCAGAUCAACCACCAACAGCCACCACAAGAUUGAAGUGCUAUCAUUCCUCUUACUGCAUCCGAACCCACGUUUAGGUCACAGCCGUUGAGCAAACGGUGGCCGUCUAGUCGUCCUCAUUGUCGUGGCCGUCGUCGUCGACGCCCACAACGAUUGGUAUCCGUCUUCCUAUUCCGACCACGACCACACUGCGACUCCGAUUCUGCGACCUCGUAUCAGCCUGUCUCUCUGACAGUUGCAUUUGUGCCUCCGGCCACAUCAUAUGCAUGUUCCAACCGCCUGGCGUCCGAGUUCCUGCCCAUGGCUCCCGUCAGCGUACUAUCCAAACUGAAGGCCGCCUAUUUCGGCUACCAAGACAAAGAUGAACCCAUUAUAUCGACCGCAACAGCCACCAUCCUCUCGAUCGCCUUCACGCUGAUCUACGUGGUACCCUUCUACUUGUCGGCAUCGACGAGGCCAUCGCCUACUCUGAACCGAGAUGCACCAUCAGUAAUACGAGCUCGCGUUCGGACUGUAACAGGUGCUUGCGUUGCGGCAUCAGCAGCAACGCUUUAUUUACUUGUCGUGACAGCAAAGCUGACGGCCGUCGACGCACUACACUUCCUGGGUUGGUGGCCUAUUCGGCCCAUCGACGUGGCCAAAUGUUGCGCACUGACGCUUCUGCUUUACAUUGGGCCUUUAUUUGAGAAGAUAUUCAUUGAGCGUGACCUGGAUGAUUUUCAUCGAGGCCGCAAGAUCGUCGAGUCUCUCAGCAGCUGGCAAGGCUAUCGGAACUAUGUGGCGGGUCCCAUCACUGAAGAGAUCAUCUUCCGCUCCGUGUUGGUACCAUUGCACUUACUGGCGAAGGUGUCGCCCACCAAAGUCGUCUUCUUGACACCGUUAUAUUUCGGAAUCGCCCAUGUACACCACUUCUACGAAUUCACGCUAACUCAUCCUUACACGCCACUUGCACCGGCAAUUCUGCGUACGGUCUUCCAGUUCGGCUAUACCACCCUGUUCGGCUGGUUUGCAGACUUUAUUUAUCUUCGAUCCGGCUCGCUCUACGCCUGUAUCAUCAUCCAUGCAUUUUGCAACUGGGUUGGCCUUCCUCGGUUUUGGGGUCGUGUGGAAAGAAGAGAGCAAUACCCGCCCAGUCCAGUGGCCAUCAGGGGAAAGGAUGAUAGUGAUGCCAUUCAGCCAGAGGCCAAGGGAGGGCAACUGGGUCUCAAAUGGACAGUGGCUUACUACGUGUUGUUAUUGACCGGCGUCUACGCCUUCUAUGCUGGGUUGUGGCCACUGACCGAGUCACCGCUCGGCCUGGCACAGUUUGGGAGCGCUGCCCAGAAGACAAAGAAGUCAUGGCCAUAACUGUAGACGAAAAGUAUACAGACACCAAUCGAAUCGUGAUCAUACUUCAUUAAUAAGCAGCAUUUUUA